UAAACUCCACCCUUCUCUUCCCUCCAGUACUGGCAGGUGAAUCUAGCAAGGAUCUCCCAAAUAAUGGCUUAGAUGGAAUCCGGUAUCUCCAUGAAAAGCAAAAAAAUUUUAGGGACUAAAUUAUAAAAUCAGGAUAAUACGCGAACUUUCCAAACAUUUUCACACCAUAAACUACUUAAACAUUUGCCCACACCCGAAGCACGCACCCAAACAUGUUUAGUCUCCGGAUUCAAUCCCUCGACUCUUCCGACCCUGUUUCCGAACCCUCCUCCGGCGGCGCCGCCGACCCCCUCGACGCCGCCGCCUCCGCCGCCACCAGCGGCGGCGGCGCCGCACCAACCACCUCCCGUAACCCUAACCCUAGAGUCCUGCUCAUCCGUGGCAUCGUCCACCUCUACCGCAGCACCUUCUCCCCUCCCUCCUCUUCCUCCUCCGCCGCCGCCGCCGUCGCCACCGCUACCGCCGCCGCCGCCGCCGCCGCCUCCUCGUCGUCGUCGUCGUCCUCCUCCCACCCACAACAUGCCCCCGAUUCGCUCCUCCCGCCUGGUAGGGGCACUCUUCUCUUUGUUCUUGCUGUUCCAACCCGCCUCUCGCCUGAUGAUUUCAUCCGGUUUUGUGGGCCCUGUGUUGAGUACGCUUCUGAGAUCCGUGUUGUUAGGAAUGAUGGGAUGGAAGAUCGGUAUAGUGUGCUGGUUGAAUUCGAGGAUCAAAAGAGUGCAGAUGGAUUCUAUCUUGAUCUCAAUGGCUGGCGGUUCUCUUCCUCAGAGGGAGAGGUUUGCCAUGUUCUUUUUUUAGGCUCAGCGGAAUAUACAAGUUCUAUGGAGAUUGCAACAACUCCACCAAUUGGAUCUACUGAGUUGCCAACUUGUCCCGUUUGCAUUGAGAGACUUGACCAAGACAUCAGCGGGAUUGUUGCCACUACUUGUGACCAUUCUUUUCAGUGCUCAUGUGUUUCAACGUGGGCCAACUCAUCUUGCCCAGUUUGUCAAUUCUGUCAGAAGCAUGCAGAUAAACCCACAUGCUCAAUUUGUGAGACAUCUGAAAACCUCUGGAUCUGUGUAAUCUGUGGUUUCGUUGGAUGCGGAAGAUACAAAGAAGGACAUGCAGUAAGACAUUGGAAAGAUACACAGCAUUGCUAUUCUCUCCACCUUGAAACUCAAAGGGUUUGGGACUACGUUGGUGAUACCUAUGUUCAUCGACUGAAUCAAUCCAAAAGCGAUGAAAAGCAUGCGAAGAUGAGGUCAAAAUGUAGUGCUGUUGGUGACAAUUCAGUAAAUUGCACAUGCAGCGAUGACUCUGGAAUCAGCAGUGCUGUAUUAAGCAGCAGAAUAGAGGCAAUUGUCGAUGAAUACAAUCGGCUCCUUGCAAGCCAACUUGAAAGCCAAAAACAGUAUUAUGAAGCUCUACUUCUAGAAGCAAAGGAAGAAAGGGAAAAGCACAUAGCCGAAGCUGUGGAUGGAGCUGUGAACAUCAAGCUGCAAGAUCUGCAGCUUAAGCUAGAAAAUCUGACUAAGGAUAAAAAAGAAGUUUCAGUACUAAAUAGCAGUCUUAUGGAAAAUCAGAAAGUUUGGCGUGAAAGGCUCGAGAAGACUGAGGAGAGGGAAAAGACAACACUGAGAAUGAAGGAUGAGAAGAUCCGUGAUCUAGAAGAAGAGGUGAUAAGAGAUUUCACAGUCUUCAUCGAGGCACAGAGGACGAUAGAUAAGAUGGCGGAUGCUGAUGACGUAAAAGGAGGUAUGCUGCUGCCGGUCGCAUCGCAGCCGCAGCCUGUUACCACAAAAGGCAGAAGAUCUUCGAAGAUGAGUAACAAGAAAAGAAGCUAGGAAGUUUCUCUGCACGUAGUAAUCAUUUGUAUUGUCAAAAAUUCUUAUGCAGUCGAAGUGAUAGCAUAAAAGAGAAAAGUUUGUACAGAUGUAGACAAAAUCAAUCAACAGAGUUCACUUUGGGUGGGAACAAAUUUUGGUUGUGGAAUUUUUUAUCAUCAUUUCUGUAUUUGGAUUUACAUUGAAAUAUAACUUAACUUGCCUUUGUGGAUA